AUGGCGGAUGAUUUCCCGUUGUGGUUUCCACCCGAUAGUAGCGACGACUCGUCCGAUGAUAGCAUUCUUUUUUUCCAAAAUCUACUCGAAGAAGCCGAACUACAAGACACCGGUACAUCAAACCAAAGGAGAUACAUUGAACGUCAGCGGGAGGUUGGGCACGAGACCCUCAUGGCGGAUUAUUUUGUCGAAGACCCGAAAUACAACGACGCAAUUUUUCGGCAAAGGUUCCGUAUGUCGAAACGGUUGUUUUUAAAUAUUGUGACCGCCGUGGAAGCGAAUGACGAAUACUUUCAAGAGUCCUACGAUGCGCGAGGUCGGAGGAGCUUUACGCCGCUGCAAAAGGUUACAUCAGCUAUUAAACAGCUCGCAACCGGUAACCCUCCAGACGAAGGAAACGAGUACUUGCAUAUGGCCGCAAGAACUUCCCGCGAGUGCCUAGAAUAUUUUUGCGAAACGGUUUGCAGAAUAUAUGGUUCGGAGUUCUUACGUAGGCCGACAAGCCACGACAUGACACUGUUAUACGACGCACAUGAAGAACAACAUCACCUUCCAGGUAUGUUCGGUAGCCUUGAUUGCACCCAUUUCGUCUGGCGAAUGUGUCCCACCGAGCUUCGAGGGCAGUAUAUGAGAGGAGAUCACCGAUACCCGACUAUUAUGCUCGAAGCAGCGACGUCUCAAGAUUUAUGGAUUUGGCAUGCUUUUUGCGGUCCACCGGGUGCUAGGACAAUCGCCGUUAUUCUUAACGGAACGAAAUGGAACCGCGCCAAAAUGUCCAUUUUACGUCAACAACCAUUAUUACAAACGUGGUUAUUUGCUCGUGGAUGGAAUUUACCCAAAAUGGUCCGUGUUUGUGAAAUCGAUCCCAUACCCUCAAGAAGUAGACGAAAAGAUGUUCAAAAGGCAACACGAGGCGGCAAGAAAAGACGUCGAAGGGGCUUUUGGGGUUUUGAAGUCAAAAUGGGGUGUCUUGAAUCGGCCGAUGCGAGCAAGGACGGUUAA